AUGCUUUUCAUAAAGACGGACAACAAGGGCUUAGUUUUACUAGGACUCUUAGCGUGCUGUUUAUUUGCUCUUGGACAAGCAAGUGACAACACUCCCGAUGCUAAAAAUGCUAUUCCUUUGCGAACUCACUCUCUAUACAUUCCCUAUAUUGACCAGGAACUACAAAAUCGAUGGUUUGACUUUGGAGGAGACGCUGUAAUCAACACUAAUAAGCAUGUGCGUCUAACUCACGAUCGUCAGUCUCAGUCGGGUUGGUUAUGGAGUCGUCUGCCUUUGACCGCUACCAAUUGGCAAGUUGAGUUUGAAUUCAAAAUCGAUGGAUCCAAUCCCGUACUAUUUGGGGAUGGUAUGGCUGUAUGGUUUACCAAACAACGCGCUCAGACUGGUCCUGUCUUUGGAUUUAUGGAUUAUUUUGAAGGCUUGGGCAUCUUUUUUGACACUUAUGCUAAUUCUCGACAGUCGCACUCGUUUCCAUAUGUAAUGGCUAUGAAAGGAGAUGGCAAGACUUCAUAUGACUUGGCUAGAGACGGUAAAGCCAAUGAACUUGCUGGAUGUGAGGCCGACAUUCGAGGCAGACAACUCCCGACUAAAGCUCGUAUAAGUUACUUCAAGGAUAACUAUCUCGAGCUUAAAUUGCAUUAUAAAGAUUGGGAUCAAUGGGAGCCUUGUUUUACUCUCUCAAACGUCUCACUUCCGACAGUCUACUAUCUUGGGUUUACCGCAUUGACUGGAGAGGUUUCCGAUAAUCAUGAUGUCAUAAGCGUUGCAACGAACAAUAUCGUAGCCCCUCCACAAAGAAUGAAACAUCCCGAGAACUCAAUGUACUACCAGCAUUCCUCAUCAAGCUGGUCCGGUCUUCUCUUUAUGUUAAAGCUAAUUGCUACGGUUGUUUUUAUCGGAAUACUAAUUAUGGUAUAUAGAGUGUAUAUAAAUCAAUCGAAUAAGCGAUUCUAA